AUGCAGCUUCCAGGUGUGACGCCAGCUCUGGUCCUCAGAGGCCGGUUGCUGUUGCUGCCCAUGCUAUUGCUGCUAGGUCCACAGACCUCCCAGAGCCUGACCAUCAUGCCCCCAGGGCCAGAGCUUGUACUUAAUCUCUCCAGUACCUUUGUUCUGACCUGCCUGGGUUCAGCUCCAGUGGUGUGGGAACGGCUGUCUCAGGUGCCUCAGCAGAAAGUGUCCAGGACCCAGGAGGGCACCUUCUCCAGCAUGCUAACCCUGGCCAAUGUCACUGGAGGUGACACAGGAGAGUACUUUUGUACCUACAACAGCUCCCUUGGGCGGGAGCCCAGUGAGCGGAAGCGGCUCUACAUCUUUGUGCCAGAUCCCACCAUGGGCUUCCUCCCUAUGGAGCCGGAGGACCUAUUCAUCUUUCUCACGGAAAUAACUGAGACCACAAUUCCAUGCCGAGUGACAGACCCCCAGCUAGUGGUGACACUGCAUGAGAAGAAAGAGGACAUCCCGCUGCCUAUCCCUUAUGACCACCAACGAGGCUUCUCUGGUACCUUUGAGGACAAGACCUACAUCUGCCGAACCACCAUUGGGGAGAGGGAAGUGGAUUCUGAUGCCUAUUACGUCUACAGCCUCCAGGUUUCCUCCAUCAAUGUCUCAGUGAAUGCAGUGCAGACUGUGGUUCGCCAGGGUGAGAACAUUACCAUCAUGUGCAUUGUGACGGGGAAUGAGGUGGUCAAUUUUGAGUGGACCUACCCCCGCAUGGAGAGUGGGCGCCUCGUAGAGCCAGUGACAGAUUUCCUCUUUGAUGUGCCCUCCCACAUUCGCUCCAUCCUGCACAUCCCCAAUGCUGAGCUGGAUGACUCAGGGACCUACAUCUGCAAUGUGUCAGAGAGUGUGAAUGACCAUCGAGAUGAAAAGGCCAUCAAUGUCACUGUGGUCGAGAGCGGCUACGUGCGGCUUCUGGGAGACCUGGGCGCUAUACAAAUUGCUGAGCUGCACAGGAGUCGGACACUACAAGUGGUGUUCGAAGCCUACCCGCCACCUACUGUGCUGUGGUUCAAGGACAACCGCACCCUGGGCGAUUCCAGCGCCGGCGAGAUCGCCCUGUCCACGCGCAAUGUGUCUGAGACCCGGUAUGUAUCGGAACUGACACUGGUGCGAGUGAAGGUGGCAGAAGCUGGCUACUAUACCAUGCGGGCCUUCCAUGAGGAUGCUGAGGCCCAGCUUUCCUUCAAGCUGCAGGUCAAUGUCCCUGUCCGUGUGCUGGAGCUGAGCGAGAGUCACCCUGCCAAUGGGGAGCAGACAGUCCGCUGUCGUGGCCGAGGCAUGCCCCAGCCAAAUAUCACCUGGUCUACCUGCAGAGACCUCAAAAGGUGUCCACGCGAGCUGCCGCCCACACCGCUGGGGAACAGUUCCGAGGAGGAAAGCCAGUUGGAGACUAAUGUGACAUACUGGGCGGAGGAGCAGGAAUAUGAGGUGGUGAGCACGCUGCGCCUGCGCCACGUGGAUCAGCCACUGUCGGUGCGCUGCAUGCUGCACAACCCACUGGGCCAGGAUGUGCAGGAGGUUACCGUGGUGCCGCAUUCCCUCCCCUUCAAGGUGGUGGUGAUCUCAGCCAUCCUGGCCUUGGUGGUUCUCACAAUCAUCUCCCUCAUCAUCCUCAUCAUGCUCUGGCAGAAGAAGCCACGCUAUGAGAUUCGAUGGAAGGUGAUUGAGUCUGUGAGCUCUGAUGGCCAUGAGUACAUCUAUGUGGACCCCAUGCAGCUGCCCUACGAUUCCACCUGGGAACUGCCACGGGACCAGCUUGUGCUUGUAGCUCCCAUGGGGCCUUUAAGAAGCCUCAGUGACCAGCUGAGUCCCUUCCCUGCAGCCACAGCCCGCAGCAGUGAGAAGCAAGCCCUCAUGUCAGAGCUGAAGAUCAUGAGCCACCUGGGGCCCCACCUGAACGUGGUCAACCUGCUGGGGGCCUGCACCCAGGGAGGCCCCAUCUACAUCAUCACCGAGUACUGCCGCUAUGGCGACCUGGUGGACUACCUGCACCGCAACAAGCACAGCUUCCUGCAGCACCACUCGGACAAGCACCGCCCACCCAGUGCUGAGCUCUACAGCAACGCCCUGCCCACGGGGCUCCCUCUGCCCAGCCACGUGUCUCUGACUGGGGAGAGCGAUGGUGGCUACAUGGACAUGAGCAAGGACGAGUCAGUGGACUACGUGCCCAUGCUGGACAUGAAAGGAGACGUCAAAUACGCAGACAUCGAAUCCUCCAACUACAUGGCCCCUUAUGAUAACUACGUCCCCUCUGCUCCUGAGAGGACUUGUCGGGCUACUUUGAUCAAUGAGUCCCCAGUGCUUAGCUACACAGACCUUGUGGGCUUCAGCUACCAGGUGGCCAAUGGCAUGGAGUUUCUGGCCUCUAAGAAUUGUGUUCAUCGGGACCUGGCAGCCAGGAAUGUGCUCAUCUGUGAGGGCAAGCUGGUCAAGAUCUGUGACUUUGGCCUGGCUCGAGAUAUCAUGCGGGACUCAAACUACAUCUCCAAAGGCAGUACCUUCCUGCCUCUGAAGUGGAUGGCCCCGGAGAGCAUCUUCAACAGCCUUUACACCACCUUGAGCGAUGUGUGGUCCUUUGGGAUCCUGCUCUGGGAGAUCUUCACAUUGGGUGGCACCCCUUACCCGGAGCUGCCCAUGAACGAGCAGUUCUACAAUGCCAUCAAGCGCGGUUACCGCAUGGCGCAGCCUGCUCACGCCUCUGCUGAGAUCUACGAGAUCAUGCAGAAGUGCUGGGAAGAGAAGUUUGAGGUUCGGCCUCCCUUCUCCCAGCUGGUGCUGCUCCUCGAGAGGCUGCUUGGCGAGGGCUACAGAAAGAAGUACCAGCAGGUGGACGAGGAGUUUCUGAGGAGUGACCACCCAGCCAUCCUGAGGUCCCAAGCCCGCUUCCCUGGAUUCCACAGCCUCCGAUCUCCCCUGGACACCAGCUCUGUCCUCUACACUGCCGUGCAGCCCAGCGAGGGUGACAACGACUAUAUCAUCCCCCUGCCUGACCCCAAACCAGAGGCUGCUGAUGAGGGUCUGCUGGAGGGUUCCCCCAGCCUCGCCAGCUCCACCCUGAAUGAAGCCAACACCUCCUCUACCAUCUCCUGUGACAGUCCUCUUGACCCCCAGGAAGAACCAGAGCCAGAACCCCUGCCCCAGCCCCAGGGGGACUCCCAGAUGGAACUGGAGCCACCAAUGGAUGCAGGCUGCCCUGGGCCUCGGGCCGAAGCAGAGGACAGCUUUCUGUAGGGGCUGGACCCCACCCUAUGCCACGAGAAGCUCCCCUUCUGCCACCAGGCCACAACCCCCGGGCCUGGCAUCCUGUGAGCCAUGCUGCUCCUGCCAGCUGUCCCAUGUGGAAGGCUUCUGUCCCUGCCACACUGCUCCCCAAGCCCUGGGGCUGGCUCAGGAGGCCAGAGAACUGCAGGACCAUGCCCAGCCUCUGCCUCAGGGAGGCCAUGUGACUGAGCCACGGUCCCUCCCAGGGGACCCAGUUUCCCAAUGCACAAGAUGAGACAUUGAACUUGGUAGUUCACAGUCUACCUGGGAGUCUCCCUGGCUGACAACUGGGGAGGCUGGAAUCUGGGGGAGCUUCCUGGGGGAAUGGCGUAGUUAGUAACCUCUCUCUGUUCAGCCAACUGCCCCUCAAGGAGUCGCAGGCUUGUCCCCACACUUCUAUCUGCCCAGGAGCUGGGGAAGAAACCCCGGCACCCCUGGCUCCUGGCUGAGCUGGGCCUGCCCUGGCCAGUGUUGCUUCGCUCUGAAGCCACCUCCCCUGACACUAGUCUCUGCUUUCCCAGGCCCGAGCAGGUCUGGGCCAGCCAUGCUUAAUUAGUGCUGUAAUUAUUGCUGGGACUGAACCAAGUACAGCACUCCCCAGCCUGCAGACCCAGCCCAGGGCACUCAGGGCACACUGGCUGUGGACAGUGCCCAUAUCUUCCAGGCCCCUUGUGUUCUGAGGCUUUUUCUCAUCGUCCCUGGUUACAGGCCCAGCGGAUCCUACAUCUGAAACAAAUGUGUUGAUGUGCCAGCAUUAUGUCCACAUGUGUACACCAGUAGGUGGCCCUGACUCUGCAUUGAACCUGCUGUGACCUUGGAGGAAUCCCUUGCCCUCUCUGGGCCCAUUUUCCCCUUUGAAGAGUGAGCAAGUUGGACUCAUUCACUCUGAGUGCCCUGUCAACACUAAUAUUCUAGAAUAUUCCUGUGGUUUGCAUGCUUGUCCAGAUGAAGCAAGGUCAAGUACCCUAAACUUCCUAGUUGGGGGGCUGCUGGCCUCUGGGGAGAUUCCAAAUGACAUAUCACAGUCCGGGCAUUCAGGUACGUGACCCUUCCUCCGCCCCAAAUGCAGCUGUGAUGACCUUGGCUUGGAGUACCCUGGAAAGCCCCCAGCAGCUGCUCCAGGGACACAGGAGGACCACAAGACCCCCUUGAGGACCCACGAUGAACUCUGGAGAUAUCCUGGGCAAGGGGGCAGGGAGGGAGGUCAUUACCUCAUGUAGCCCAAUAGUGCCCCCAAGGUAUUUGCAACAGACAGAAUAGACAGUAAGGAUGGUUGUGUCCCAUGAAGAACAAGAGCCUCAGGAUGUGCACCCCAGGAAAGGGGCACAAGAGGUGGGCACUUUGGAGGUUUCCUCCUUAACUGCCGGCUGCCCAUCCUGGAGGGAGUACCUGGUGGAGUAGGGUCUUGUCACUGCCCAGGUGAUACCUCACUGCCCUGAAACCAGUGGGCAUUGGCCAUUACAGGGCAGUGAGGGAUAUGGUCACUUCGCCCAGGAGGGGGAGGGCUGGCCAGGGGAUAAGGCAAGGUCAGCCCUCCUGGACACAGUCACCAAGCUAGUUGGUGUCUCCCAACCCGAGGGCCCCAGAGACUCCCCAAGGAGAGAGGGGGAGUCAGUCUUCGCUACGGUACCAAAGAUAUAAUCACCUACGUUUACAAGUAUUUUUUAGGACUCACAUUAACUCACAUGUAUACAUCAAAGUGUUAUUUUGUAUGCUGUUCAGUUUUCCUAUCUGUGUACUUUUUUUAAGGGAAAGAUUUUAAUAUUAAACCGGGUGCUUCCACUCA